UGAAUGCGGACAGAGCUGCCAGGUCAAAAAGCUAGACCAGACAAUAACCUGGUUAGAGUAUUUGCUAACGAUUACCUAAAUAGUCAGUAGUCAGUUCUAGAUAUAUCGAUUUUAUCGAAUAAACCCACAUUUUCUAGCUUGUUUGUUUGUGUUUGGUGGUUUCUCUAGUUAAAUUUAUAUUUUAACCAUGUCGAAUGAUAAACGCACCGUUUAUGUCGGCGGGCUAGCGGAUGAGGUCACAGAAAGACUGCUCAACAAUGCCUUCAUACCCUUUGGGGAUAUCGCCGAUAUCCAAAUGCCUGCGGACUACGAAUCACAACGCCACCGGGGAUUUGCCUUUAUAGAAUACGAACAGAGCGAGGAUGCAGCGGCUGCUAUAGAUAACAUGAACGACUCCGAGCUCUGUGGACGAACAAUCCGCGUGAAUUUGGCUAAGCCGGUGCGUGUUAAGGAGGACAGUUUCAAGCCUGUUUGGGCCGAUGACGACUGGUUACAGAAGCAUGCGGGCGCCACAUUGCAGCCGGAAGGCGACCCGGAGACGGAGAAAGUUGAAACCCCUUCCACGGGCCCGGCAGUCAUCGAAAAAGCAGAGAAGCGCAAUCCACAAGUGUUCUUUGACGUCAGAAUUGGCGGCAACGAUGCCGGUCGAAUCGUGAUGCUCCUCAGAGCAGAUGUGGUACCUAAAACGGCUGAAAAUUUUCGGCAGCUGUGCACCCACGAGCAGGGAUACGGAUACAAGGGGUGUUCUUUCCACCGAGUAAUUCCAGAGUUUAUGUGUCAAGGAGGCGACUUUACCAAUAAUAACGGCACUGGCGGCAAGUCCAUCUAUGGCAAGAAGUUCAACGAUGAAAAUUUCAGCCUGAAACACAAUAGUUUUGGCACUCUUUCCAUGGCCAACUCUGGAGCCAAUACAAAUGGUUCACAGUUCUUUAUCUGCACUACAAAAACCGAUUGGUUAGACAACAAGCAUGUGGUCUUUGGUCAUGUCAUCAGUGGUGCCGAAGUGGUACGUAAAAUGGAGCGCUGUGGGACGAAGUCAGGCACUCCCAAUCAAAAGAUUGUCAUAUACGCGUGCGGAGAACUCAAAUAAAAAAAUUGUUUCCAACUA